ACACAUCUCCAGCGCAUGCGCAGAGUGAUGAGAAUUCGCUGGUAUCAAUCGGACAGAAAUCCUCAUGACGCGGUAGCAGGCAGCAGACAGCUGGAGAAGAGCUCAGUUUUCGAGGUAAAAAAUGGCGGUGGAGAAGCGCCUGGCAUUCUCUAUUGUGCAGUUCCUCCGAGAUCAAACACACUGCGGCGCUUUGAAUUCUGAUGAGCAGGAGAGCCUCGAAGUUGCCAUACAGUGUCUGGAGACCACCUUUAAGAUCAGCUCCAGCGACUGCCAUCUUGCGGUGCCACAGCCUCUGACGGAGAUAUUCCUCAACUCGCUGCUCAAGAAUGACAACCUCACACUACCAGAGAGCUCUCCGUCUCCAGAAGACAUUGAGCAAGCGGAGCAGCUGAAGAAUGAAGGGAACAAUCACAUGAAGGAGGAGAACUACAGAUGUGCGGUGGAGUGCUACACGAAGGCCAUCGAUCUGGACCUGAGGAACGCCGUGUACUACUGCAACAGAGCCGCCGCUCACAGCAAACUGGGAAAUUACACAGAAGCGACCGGCGACUGCGAGAGAGCGAUUGGGAUCGACCCGUCCUACAGCAAAGCGUACGGGAGGAUGGGCUUGGCUCUGACCGCCAUGAGCAAGUAUCCAGAGGCGAUUACCUUCUUCAAGAAGGCGUUGGUGUUAGACCCCGAGAACGACACCUACAAGUCCAACCUGAAGAUCGCCGAGCAGAAGCAGAAAGAAGCGACCAGCCCCAUCGCUGCUGGACUGGGAUUCGACAUGGCGAGUUUAAUCAACAACCCGGCCUUCAUCAGCAUGGCUGCGAGUGUGAUGCAGAACCAACAAGUACAGCAGCUCAUGUCGGGGAUGAUGUCAAACGCAGUCGGGGGUCCGGCGGCAGGAGUGGGAGGACUGUCGGACAUCUCCAGCCUGAUUGAAGCGGGACAACAGUUCGCCCAGCAGAUCCAGCAGCAGAACCCCGAGCUGAUCGAGCAGCUGAGGAACCACAUCCGGAGCCGCUCGUUCAGCGGCAGCGCCGAGGAGCACUCAUGAUCCACACAGUCUCACUUUUUUUUUUUUUUUCUAAGAAAGGGCAAACCAAUACGGCGCGAUUACAAUCUCCAAUACACCCAUUUCUGAAUCCACCGGCAUAGCUGGACUGAAGAGACAAAGGAUGGGGGUUGAAGGCACUUUACAGCGACUUGGCGGCGAGGGCGGCGAGGGGCCUGGAGAACCGGACCCACGACAUGAAGCAUCCCCACACAUCUAGAGCAGAACCACGUUUUUAAAAACACACGUUCAAUAUCAAGAGCCAAGAAGUCGAGAACCCAUCUGACCGCGAGACGCUUUCCCAUCCGUGUUUUUUAGCUCAGCGUUUAAAAAGUGGCUUCAUGUUAGGAGGACCCAUCUGCGUCGUCAUGGUGAUUUGGGGAGGAAUGUACUUUUACAGCAUUGCAGGGAACAUUUCAGCUUUUCCAUCAAACAUCAGGUCGACCUCGUUUAUAUGGCAUCUGUUACUUUUGUAGCUCUUAACUCACUCGUCUCGUCUGAGGGACAAAAAAAAAAAAAAUCAUUACACAAGUAGGACUCACUUCACAGCUUUUUAACGACCACGACGACCGUUUGACUAGAGACAACAGUGGAAUUGUUUAGCAGUGUUUUGCAGCCUGCAUCAUGUUGUUAUUGCACUUUAGUAAAAAAAAAAGGAAUAAAUGUCCCCCCCCCUUUAAGAAUAUUUAUUGUUCAGUAAGCGGUAACAAAGUGUUCAGAUUGUUUCUUUUGCAUGCUCUUAAAUCUGGUAUUUGAGAUCAGACGCUUUAUGAAACUUAAUAGGUAUGCUAACGCGGCACAAUGUUUGAUCUAAAAACAUGUGAAUAAACAUCUUGAAAUUAAGAACUAAUGAAAA